AUGAGUGUUUAUCUUGAGUUAAGUGUAAUAGCUGUCAUGGUAAUACAUAUUCUAGUCUGUCCAUAUACUAAAGUUGAAGAAAGCUUUAAUCUACAGGCUAUACAUGAUGUAAUUUAUCAUAAUCUCGAUAUAGAACAGUAUGAUCAUUUAGAGUUUCCUGGUGUUGUACCUAGAAGUUUUAUAGGACCUGUUGUCAUUGCCUUUCUCUCAAUGCCUAUGAUUAGCUUAUCACAGUUACUCAAUCUAGACAAGAUGGCUUCACAAUAUAUUGUAAGAUUUUGGUUGGGAUUAAUGGUAGCUAUAAGUUUUAUAUCAUUUUCAAGAUCAGUGGGUACAAACUUUGGUAAAGAAGUUAAAACAUGGUUAAUAAUAACAUGUCUCACACAGUUUCAUUUCAUGUUUUAUAUGUCUCGACCACUACCAAAUAUAUUCGCUCUUGUUCUAGUAUUGUUUGCCCUGUCUAUGGUGUUAAGUGAAGAUUUUGUCAGGUAUAUAUGGUUAUCUGGAGCAGCAGUUAUAAUUUAUAGGACAGAAUUAGUCUUAUUACUGGGUCCUUUAUUAGUGUUUGGUUUGUUGAAACAGAAACCUUCAUACCAAAUGUUACAGUAUUAUAUUUUACAUGGAAUUUUAGCUGCAAUAUCUUUAUUAGCUUUAACAAUAAUAGUAGAUUCAGUAUUCUGGAAGAGGUGGUUAUGGCCAGAAGGAGAAGUUUGGUGGUAUAAUAUUGUUUUAAAUAAAAGUUCCAAUUGGGGUACAGAACCAUUUUUCUGGUAUUUCUACAGUGCUCUUGUUCGUGCUAUAUCAUUUAGUAUUGUAUUGUUACCAAUAGGUGUCUACAUAGACAGAAGAAUAAUACCAUUACUUUCAUCAGCUGUUAUAUUUAUCAUAUUAUUUUCAUUUUUACCACAUAAAGAAUUGAGGUUUAUAAUCUACACUUUUCCUGUGGUGAACUUAGCCAUUGCCAGUGCACUAAAAUAUUUAUGGAUAAAUCGUAAUAAAUCAAUCAAGCGGUAUUUAUCAUGUUUGAUUGGUAGUGGUUUAUUAGCUGGUAAUUUAUUGUCUACGGCAGGAUUUUUAUAUAUCUCACAUCAUAACUACCCUGGUGGUCAGGCCAUACAGAUAUUACAUAGUUUAAACAACAGAACAGAUUUUGUUGAUGUUCAUAUUGAUGUGUAUUCAGCACAAACUGGUAUCUCUAGAUUUACACAGCUCCAUUCACAUUGGAGGUAUGAUAAAACAGAAGAUAUAUCUCCAAAUGGACAGGAAAUUCAGAAAUUCACACAUCUCUUAUUGGAAGCUACACUUGCAAAUUUUAGUGACAGUGAACUUUAUACACACUCACAUGAACUACAAGCCACCAUUCCUGGUUUUACAGGAAUAUCAUUAAAUCCAAAAAAUAUGCCACCUGUAAAAUUAAAGUUUGAACCAAAAAUAUGGAUUCUGAAGAAAAAGUUUCUCUCAAGAAUAAAAAACAUGUAAAC